AGUUUUUGCCUAUUGCAUUAAAGACCGGUUAGCUCAAAAUGCUUGCGCGACGGUAGGAGUCGUGUCAACGGCGUCGUCUGCCACUCACCAUCGUAUACUCGGGCUUUUCCCACUUCUGCUUCUGGCAGUGCUCGGAGAGCAUAUUGACCGGCAGCUUGCCCGUCCAUGAUGCGCCGCCAAUGACUUCCUUGACGGAGGGUUUCUUCGGCUCGUCCGUCGCAGGAGGCGCCUUCGCCUUCGUGGCCUCCGCUGAUCGCUCGGCGGCCGCUUUGGCUUGCUUCGUCCCCGGUUUGGGACCCCCUCCACGGGCGUCGGCCUUUUUCUUGGGGCCCAUUCUCUUUCCGACCGACGAAUAUACUUGAACAGACGCCCGUGGAGUCAGUUACCGAGCUUGUCGCGGAAGGUAAUGACUAUAUAAAGAGGAAGGAAAAGAUGCUGGGAGGCAAGUUGGUUGUCCCGCACUUUAUUACGGAGUAGACCGCAUUUUUCGGCGAUUUCCCUCUAGGGCUGCGGGGAGCCGAUCAGGAAAGGUCGGUCGCCCGCAUUCUCCAGCCUGCGCAUUCUUUCCUUCCUUCCUUCCUCUUCUUCUUCUUCUCCUCCAUAGGUUCCAGUCAUGACCACUCGCCAAUCCGCUCUUCAUCAUGUCCUCCGAAGAGAAGGAUUCGCCCACUGUGGGUAUGGAUAACGCUAAUCCAGAGUCGGGGACCCAAGAAGGGAAGACCGCAAAGCGAGACGCCUUCGCAGAGCUUCUUGCCCCCAAAUCCAAGCACCCGAAACACACGAACAAUCGAGAUUCGCGCGACAAGAGAGCCGUCGGUGGGCCGCGGGAUGCUCUCGGCGCCUACAUUGUCAGGCCGGAGUCAUAUCCCUCCAACGUCGUCGUAUACUAUAACAAAGACUUCGUCGUCAUCCAUGACCUCUUCCCCAAAUCUACCCUGCACUUACUUCUCCUGCCCCGCGAUCCCGCGAAAACCCGCCUACAUCCGUUCGACGCCUUCGAAGACCGCGAGUUCCUAGAUAAGGUGAAGGCGGAGACGAAGAAGCUUCGCACGUUGGCUGCGGGUGAGCUCAGACGCUUACACGGGAAGUAUUCGGCGCAGGAUAAGCAGCGACAGGAUGCACUGGAUGCGGAUCCGCCGCCGGAGGAGCUGCCGCCGGGACGCAACUGGGAGCAGGAAAUCAGGUGCGGGAUCCAUGCGCAUCCGUCCAUGAACCAUUUACAUAUCCAUAUCAUCGCUGUGGAUCUGUUCAGCGAUCGCAUGAAGCACAGAAAGCAUUACAAUAGCUUCGCCACGCCGUUUUUCGUCGAUAUUGAAGAUUUCCCUUUGGCGCAGGAUGAUGUCAGAAGAGACACGGAUCGAAAGGGCUAUCUCAAGUACGCGUUCAAAUGCUGGCGUUGUGGUCGUGAUUUCGGGAACAAAUUCACCGAGUUGAAGAAGCACUUGGAGAAGGAAUUCUACGAGUGGAGACAGCUAUAGGUGAAGUAGAGAAGAGACGAUACGACCACGUUAUAGCUAUUACUUUUGUUACUACGCUCGAUCACUGCGCUCUCAUCGCAAAUUCCUCGUCAACCGAAUGAUU